CUGAUGCACAAAGCAGAGGGUCAUCUCCAACCGGAACUGUAACUGAUAUAGGCAGUCUACUGAGUGGUAAGUCCUACCCUCUGCCAUCUUUCUCCGCCAUCAGCAUGACAACAAGUGGGACCUCCAAUGCUGCACGAGGCUUUGAGGCCAACAUAGAUGCUGAGGAAAGGGAUACCAUCAGUUGUUUCGGUGUACCUCAGAGCAUUGUUUGUGAUCAGAAUUCAACCAGCCCGGAUGUUGCUUCGCUUUCAACCCCAUCCACUGACAACUUAGUCGGUGAUGAUGACUUCACCGGCCUCAUCAGCAUGUUAGUGGUGAGACUUCUGUCAAAACUCCAAACCCAAACUGAUCUGUACCCAACUGACGUCACACGCACGUCACAAGACCUGAUUCCAAAAGUUAUAGCUGCCUUCUGUGCAUGGUCAGGCUGCUCUGAGACCCAAGCUUAUCCCAAGAACCUGAAGAGUCACAAAGUAUACAGCACCGUCUACAAACAUCUGUUGAAGGAGUUUGGCUCAGAGAAAAUACUCCAACUGGCCGUGUCGACUCAGGACUCCACUUUCAAUAGGAUUCUUGUGAAGUCAUUGAGCAAGGAGCUUCUCCACAGUUGUAACGAGGCAUCAAGAGCAGCCUCAAGAACAUCUUUCGAAGCCACCAGGCCAGAAGCUCUUCUCAUGGCUGAAGAUGUGAAGGCUACCAGAGGGAAGCUGUCUUUCCUACAAAGGCUUGCCAGACUGAAAUUCAACUUAAAGCCAUUCAUGAUGGGAAACAAGAAGGAUUCCAAUAAGAAUUCCCGCCAUUCUGAAUCCAAAGACCAGACUACUGCUGAAGAUAUCAUGUUGGCACAUCCUGCCACAUUUGGACUCCCAGAGGGUCUUCCCUCCACCUCUCAACAGGAGAAGCCUCGCAAACGUCCCCUUCUAAUCAGGAUGUUUUCCACCAUCUCCAUAGGCCUAUCCAAGCCAUUCAAACGGUUUUCAAACUUUUACCUUCGACAUCAACAAGCGACGCACGGGCUGGUCCUGCAGACUCCCACGCCCAUGGCCCAGGAGAAGGCUGGGGGCCACCUGCUCACUCACGUCCCAGCCAUCUCCUUUGAGACCGACUCUACUGUGGAGUGCACCUCCAAGAGGACUCCGGAAGAGAGGGACCGGGUGAAGGUUAAACUGGCCAACAUGGCCUUGAUGGGAAGGAUCAAAAGUCUUGGCUGUGAAAUGCCCAUUAUGUGUGAUUAUCGAAUUGAUAAUUUUCCACUUUUGAAACAACAAUGGGAAAGACAGGGUUUAUAGCAAAGGUUGCUCAGAUUGGGCUUUUGGAAAAAUUGGGAGAAUGAAAGUGCACUCCUGAUUCAGAGAGAAAGAUCCAGCUUAAUCAUCCAUACCAUUGUUUAAAUUACAAUAAAAAAACAUUCAAACUGUUCCUGAGUUUUGAAAGACAGAGAAAGGAAAACAUCAUUAUCUUCAGUCUGUUCACACAAGUCCUACUGUCCACAAUCUCAGGGUUCUUCAAUACAAACACACCUGUUUCAGAAAACCUGAUCACUUUCACAUUCGAACAAUGUUUGUAGGAUACUUUUCAAUAACUCAAUAAAUGUAAGUGUUGAAACCAUACAUAGCUGGUAACUUGAGCUCGGCAGAGUAGUUUUGACCUGUGUCCAGAUGCAGUCAUUUAUGUUGUCUAAAGACAAUUUGUCUCUUAUAACAAUGUUAUUUUUCUGAAUAAUCGAAUUUAAUUGACUGGUAGGUAGUCACUAACUAUUUGUAGCAUGUGUUCCUCUGUUUAUUGAUAUUUACAUGGUGUGUAUGUGUUAAGAUGUUAAGUAAUUAAUGUUGAUAUUAUCCAAAGGGUUUUUAACUGAAAUGUUAAAUGUUGGUGUCUCGAUCUCAGACAUUUACGCUCAUAUUUGUAAAUAGUAUUUCAAAAAUGGCAGAAUCAAACAGUAUUGGAAUAGUGACUUGUAUUUUGCAUCUAGAAGUGUAAGAAUUUUAGAAGAAUGCUAUUUCAUCAGUCAAAUGUUGCACUGUUUGAUAAGACAGGGUAAAGAAAACCUCCAUUUAAAUGAGUUUAGUUGUGAGUUUGACAUUUUACCACAAGAAGUCACUAUAAUACUAUACGUUAUCAAACAGGGUUGUGCUGAAAAUCAAAUGAACCACAGCCAAAUUAAUUAUUUGCAACUAAGAGUAAGAUUAAAAAAGACAUGUAUAACUUACUUUCUUGAUAAAAUACAUUCUAAAAUGUCAA